CAAAAUACCCCUUGUUCUGUAUCUUAUGGUGGCCAAAGAAAGCGUACGAAAGGUAAAGCCACCACACAUUACCAAGUUACAAUUACAAAUAAGUCACGUGGAUCUAAAUACAGCGAUUGAGGUUGUAACUUUGUAACUUGCUAUCAUGGUAUGGGAGCAUAGCUUGGAAGGAAUCAUCUCUCAGUUCCUCAGGCUUUGACAGGCUUUAGGAUUCUCUGGUGGUGAUUACAAAUCACAGUUAUCAUGGUUCUUUUUCCAUCUUUCGUGAAUGGAUUGGCAAGAACCGUGUCAAUCAAGAAGGAGAAGAAUUGUAAGAGGGAGGAAGAUGGAAGGACAGCUGCAGAAGAUUUGGCAAAGGAAGCAAGGAAGAGUGAACUGUUACUGACUUCAUCCGGAGUUGUUAAGUCGACCAAGGCCAACAAUUUUGCUUCUGUCUUCACUAAUAGGGGCCGGAAAGGAGUGAAUCAGGAUCGUCUUCUUGUUUGGGAGGAAUUUGGAUGCCAACAAGACAUUAUGUUCUGUGGAGUUUUUGACGGGCAUGGCCCUUGGGGACACUUUGUAGCAAAAAGGGUCAGGAAACUGGUGCCAGCAAUUUUGCUCUGCAAUUGGCAGGAAAAUCUGGCUGCAACAUCACUUGACCUAGAUUUUAAGAUGGAAGAAGACAGACAUAUCCAUGGUUUGGACGUGUGGAAGCAGUCCUACGUCAAGACUUAUGCUGCUGUUGAUCAGGAUCUGAAGCAGCAAACCGGGUUCGAUUCAUUUCUUAGUGGCACUACAGCAUUGACAAUUAUCAAACAGGGUGAAUAUCUUAUUACAGCAAACAUAGGUGAUUCUAGGGCUGUCUUGGCAACCACUUCAGAGGAUGGCACAUUAACUCCACAUCAGCUUACCACUGACUUCAAGCCAAAUUUACCACAGGAAGCUGAACGCAUAACACAAUGUAGAGGGCAGGUAUUUAGUUUGGAAGAUGAACCAGGAGUGUACAGGGUGUGGAUGCCAAAUGGUAAGCCACCAGGACUAGCAAUAUCAAGAGCUUUAGGAGAUCACUGCAUGAAGGACUUUGGACUAAUCUCUGUGCCUGAUGUCACACAAACAAAAAUUACAAGCAGGGAUCAAUUUGUCAUAUUGGCAACAGAUGGGGUAUGGGAUGUUAUAUCGAAUCAGGAAGCAGUGGAGAUUGUUUCUGCAACACCACAUAAAGAAAAAGCAGCUCAAAAGCUGGUUAAAUGCGCCAUACGUGAAUGGAAGAGGAAGAAAAGUGGCAUUGCUAUGGAUGACAUGUCAGCUAUUUGCCUCUUCUUUCACUCCUUCUCUUCCCAUCAACUCCCACCCACUAAAACUGUUGAUUAAUAAGAAUAAUAUCAUGGUGGUUAAACAGUUGAUUGCAGCUUCCUUAUAACACAGAAAUUCAAGUAAACUUGUAUAUAAGCUUGUCAACUAUAAUGGCAUUCGCAGUUGUCUUACGACAGAGGUAAUAAUACUGUGAUAAUACCGAAAAACAUCUUCAAGAAAAGGCAUUCUGUCCCAGAACCCUACCAUUUCAAUUUCAAGUUACACACUUGGUGGCUUUGUAAGAUACUACUUCAUGCAUAUAUCUAAUCUAUAGAGAAAAUUAUACUUA